GGAAUUCACAGGGACUCUGCAGAGCUAACCAUGGUUGUCUCAAGGCUCCAGUGCUGCAUGCUCUACCUUGCGUGUAUUCUCAUAGAAAGCUGCGUGUCUUUUAAGAAUGACGCUACAGAAAUCCUGUAUUCCCACGUGGAUAAACAUAUCCAAGAUAGUGCAAACAGCAGCACCCUGAAUCAGGCUAGAAAUGGAGGAAGAAAUGCUGCAAACUCUGCACUGGACAGAACAAAUCACCAUCAGGUUGGAUGCAGAGAGCUGAGAUCUACCAAGUACAUCUCGGAUGGACAGUGCACCAGUAUCCAGCCUUUGAAAGAACUGGUCUGUGCUGGAGAGUGUCUUCCUCUUCCUAUUUUGCCCAACUGGAUCGGGGGUGGCUACGGGCUGAAAUAUUGGAGUCGAAGAAGUUCCCAGGAAUGGAGAUGUGUCAAUGACAAGACCCGCACUCAGCGUAUCCAGUUACAGUGUGAGGAUGGCACUACUAGAACCUACAAAGUCACAGUGGUUACUUCCUGCAAGUGCAAGAGAUACACCAGACAGCACAAUGAAUCCAGCCAUAACUACCAAGGAGCUUCUCCCAUUAAACCCGUUCACUCUCACCAACAUCAUCACUUCCACCACAACCGUGAUAAGAAAAGACUAAUCAAGAUGUCCAAGCACAUUCCUAGCUAG